AUGUCCGACGGUACACAACUAACAAUUGUCUAUCGUCCAUUUAAAAAAUUUGAAGACUUUUUUGAACACGGACGUCCACUAAUAGAUCCUAAACGUCCAAGAUUAUAUUUUUCAAGAAAAUUUGACUUCCUACUAAUUCUUUGCAUCAUUGCCAGUCUUAUACUUUGGUUGGCACAUAUCGCUUAUGUGAUAGUCCAUAGGCCAAUAGUACCAACACCGUCAAAUCAAGUAAUCUCCCAGUGUGCAGUUUACACCGGUGAAUGGAAUUCACAUGAAACAGUAUUACGUUACUGGUCUGUUCCGUAUGCUGUACCGCCAAUCAUCGGGAAAGAACAAUUAUUUCAAGAAGUAUUAAAUGACAUCAUUGAAAAGCAUCAUUUACAAUCGAAAGAUUUACGAUGGCAUCCAACCUAUUCUACUGGUGACGAUGAAUACUGUUUUCUAACAUUUGAUGAUCGAUGUACAUUUCAAAAUGCCCGGUGGUUUUGUAAUAUGCAUAAACCGACAAAUCGUAAACAUGCAUGCAUAGAACUUGAUUAUGAGAAUAAUAUUAAAGAGGGGACUUCAGAGAAUUGUCUACACAUGGAUAUAUCAACACCCCCAUUCAGCGGCAAAUUGUUGCCAGUGAUUAUUGUAUUAACUGGUUUCAAAUUUAUUCGUAAUCCAAUCAAUCCAUUGAAUGAACAAGAAACUGCCUAUAUUCCGAGUGAUUUGGCUGUAGUGAAUUCUGAAGCUGUCUGGGUAAAUGCUCGUUAUCGACUCGGUCCAUUAGGUGUAUUUUAUGAUUAUGAUAAAUUAGGAAAAGGGGGUGAAAAAAACGUUGAUGUCACUUAUUUUCUACUGCACGAUUUAAUGGCUAUCAUGAAUUGGGUACAAAAUAAUAUUGAUAGAUAUGGAGGGGAUAAGACGAAGGUGACUUUAUUAUGUCAUGGAUCAGGUGCAACCACGGCAUUAGCGCUAAUCCGACUACAAUCAACAUUAGCAUCAUCGGGUUGGUUUCAAGGUGUUUGGUUAGCUAGUGGUUCAGUUAACUGGCAUUUUGAUCAAUCACAAAAGAAUCCUGAAAAGUUUCUGCCUAAAGCUGUUUUAAGAAAGUUAUGUCCUGGUGAAUCGAAUCCGAUGGAAUACAAUAGUCGUCUUGUACAAUGUCUUAUAAAGUCGAAUAAAUUGAAAACUGAAGAUUUAAUGAAACUUCUUCAUGAAUUUUAUGAUGAUAAAUCUAUCCUUGCUAGUGCGUUACAGUUGAAAAAUUCUGAUAAUUCUCUAUGGUUUAUGCCGUCGUACAUGAAAAGGGAAGAUGAACCAAUCAAUUGGAAUGAGACAAUUUUACAGGAGGUUUUUACGCAAGACUAUACUACUGGAAAAAAUUCUUGGUUCAAAGGUGUUGUUUUCUCAUCAAUGGAGAAUGAAUUCAAUGGUCUCUAUGGGAGUGAUAAAUAUGCAAGUGUAGAAGCAUCAAAUGAUAUAACACAACUAGAAAAUGAUCUACUUACUAUCGGUUUCAAUAAAAGCACCUUAUCACAGUUAUCACAUAGAGUAAAUAAAAAACGUGGUGAUAUCUUAUUAAAUAUACUAUCUGCAUUAAAAUAUACAUGUCCACAAGCAUGGCUGCUAAACACUUGGCGUAAUUAUACCAAACUUUAUUUAAAUGCUACCCGCUUUUAUCAUAUCUACAAUACAGAAUCACCAAGUUCACCUUAUACAAAAGUACCUGGAGCAUUAAAUUCUACAGCAAGAAAUAAUCCCUUUCAUGGAUUAGAUAUGCUUAUUUUAACGGGAAAUAGUGAUGAAUACGGGUUAAUUUCACCGUAUUACAAGAGUACACUACAGAAUGCUUUCUAUAAUUUUAUUCAUUAUGGUACAUUUGAUAGUAAUUGUGAAAUUCAGGAAUCUUUUGAUGGUGGAAAAAUGCAGUUAGGCUGUUCAGUAAACGCUCAUGGAAUAAGACGAGUACAAACAGAUGAUCCACUUGACAUCAUCUGUAAUCAUGUAAACUGGACGGAAAAUUUUCACAAAUUAGCUUUACAAGAAUAA